UCAGGGCCCGAUUGGACGCUAAGGUUGAAAUCAUAAAGCACAUUUCAGCUCCAGAAAAGACAUAUAAAGGAGACAGAUUCAGAUACUCAAAGUCCCCAAUAUCUGUCAGCUUCAUCUCCUCAGAAAGAUAAAAAACGUCCAACACCAUUAGAGAUAGGAUACUCAUCCCACCUUCGUCCAGACUCCACAUUGCAGGUAGUCCCUUCCCCUCCCAAAUCUCCCAAAGUUCUCUAUUCACCCAUUUCACCUGUUUCACCAAGCAAAGUUAUAGAGUCAGCAUUUGUACCCUAUGAAAAACCCAUCACUGAUGACAUCAGCCCUCAGAAGAUGCUGCAUGCUGACAUUGCCAAGGUUCCUCCAAGCCCAAAGGCAGCAAAGAUGAUGCAACGCUCUAUGUCUGAUCCUAAGCCCCUGAGUCCCACAGCAGAAGACAGUUCCAGAGCUCAGUUUCAGUACACUGAGGGUUUUAUGUCAAAAGGUCUUUCAAGCAUAACUCCAUCAGGCACUCAGAAGAAGGUGAAGAGGACUCUACCCAACCCACCUCCGGAGGAAGCAACAGCAGGAACUCAGUCCCCAUAUACUUCUGUGGGAUCAGUUUCACGGAGAAGGAUUUGUAGGACCACCACUAUGGCCAGAGCCAAAAUUCUUCAGGAUAUAGACAGGGAAUUGGAUCUGGUCGAACGUGAAUCAGCCAAGCUUAGGAAGAAGCAAGCAGAGCUAGAUGAGGAGGAAAAAGAAAUAGAUGCCAAGCUGAGAUACUUGGAAAUGGGCAUUAAUAGGAGGAAAGAAGCCCUACUAAAAGAAAGAGAAAAGAGAGAGCGUGCCUAUCUCCAAGGAGUAGCAGAAGAACGUGAUUAUAUGUCAGACAGUGAAGUUAAUAAUACCAGGUCAACCAGAAUAGAAACUCAGCAUGGCUUGGAAAGACCACGUACUGCACCCCAGACAGAAUUUAACCAGUUUAUGCCACCGCAAACCCAGCCAGAAACACAGUUUGCCCCUGCUACAAGCCCAUAUGCUCAAUAUCAGUAUUCAUCUCCUGCCCUGCCAACUCAAGCACCAACUCAGUUCACACAACAAUCACAUUACCAACAACAACAGCCUUUGUAUCACCAGCAGGUUUCACCCUAUCAGACCCAGACAGCUUUCCAAACAGGAGCUACUAUGUCCUAUACUGCACAGGCUCAACCUCCACCAUCUCAACAACCAUCAUACCAACUCUCAUCACAGAUGAUGGUGAUACAGCCAAAGCAAAGACAGACCACAUUAUAUUUGGAGCCUAAGAUAACAACAAACUAUGAUGUAAUUCGCAAUCAGCCUCUCAUGAUAGCUCCAGUUUCAACUGACAGUAGUUAUGCAGUUUCCCAGCUGGGCAGUAAAUACUCUACCUUGGACUUAAGGAUAGGACUAGAUGAGAGAAACAGCAUAGCAAGCAGCCCUAUCUCAAGCAUAUCUGCAGAUUCAUUCUAUGCAGAUAUAGAUCACCACCAUACACCCCGAAAUUAUGUGCUGAUCGAUGAUAUAGGAGAACUUACUAAAGGAACAGGAGCACUCGGUUCCAGUUUUAGCCUCCAUGAGAAAGAUCUGACCAAAACAGAUCGACUGCUUCGCACAACUGAAGCCAGGAGAGCACAAGAGGUGUCAGACUUCCUAGCACCACUGCACACUUCCUCUAGGUUACAUUCCUAUGUUAAAGCUGAUGAAGACCCAAUGGAGGACCCCUAUGAGCUCAAACUUCUGAAACACCAGAUAAAGCAAGAGUUCCGUAGAGGUGCAGAAAGUCUUGAUCAUCUGGCUGGCCUGUCACAGUAUUACCACGGAGAGGGCAGCUACAGGCAUUUUCCAAAAUCUGAGAAAUACAGCAUAGGUAGGCUUACUCUUGAGAAGCAGGCUGCCAAGCAGCUCCCAGCAGCCCUCCUUUACCAGAAGCAGUCAAAACACAAGAAAGCUUUGAUAGACCCCAAACUAACAAAGUUUUCACCUAUCCAAGAAAGCAGAGACCUUGAGCCUGACUAUUCAAGUUACAUGACUUCUAGCACUUCAACACUUGGGGGAAUUACUACUAGGGCAAGGCUUCUUCAGGAUGAUAUUACUUAUGGCCUUAGAAAAAACAUCAGUGACCAACAGAAAUACAUGGGGCCACCACUGACGUCAUCCAUUGGAGCAGGCCUUGGGACUGCACUAGGUCCAACAAUGAGAUCCACACUACAAGAUGAAGCAGACAAGUCUUAUAGCAGUGGUAGUAGAUCUAGGCCCUCAUCUAGACCCUCCUCAGUGUAUGGGCUCGAUCUGUCAUUGAAAAGGGAUUCUUCCAGUUCUUCUUUAAGACUGAAAGCCCAAGAAGCUGAACCCUUAGAUGUUUCCUUUAGCCAUGCAGCACCUUCUGGAAGAACUAAACCCACCAGUCUACCUAUUAGCCAAAGCAGGGGAAGGAUCCCGAUAGUAGCACAGAACUCAGAGGAGGAGAGCCCACUAAGUCCUGUUGGACAGCCAAUGGGAAUGGCAAGAGCAGCAGCUGGACCCUUGCCACCAAUAUCUGCAGAUACCAGGGACCAGUUUGGAUCGAGCCAUUCAUUACCUGAGGUCCAGCAGCAUAUGAGGGAGGAGUCACGGACUCGAGGCUAUGAUCGAGAUAUAGCCUUCAUCAUGGAUGACUUCCAGCAUGCCAUGUCAGACAGUGAAGCCUACCAUCUCCGUCGUGAAGAAACAGAUUGGUUUGACAAGCCCAGAGAGUCUCGUUUGGAGAAUGGACACAUCCUCGACAGAAGGCUGCCAGAGAAGUUGGCCCACUCUCGACCACUAAGUCAACACCAAGACCAAGUAAGCUGUCAAAUAAAUGGGAAGCCCCUGCAGUACAUUUUCCCUCAUACAAGGCUCAAACUACUGAGAGACCCAAAGGAUCACACAGUUUCAGGCAAUGGACUGGGAAUCCGAGUUGUAGGUGGGAAAGAAAUUCCAGGGAGCAGUGGGGAAAUUGGAGCUUACAUUGCCAAGAUCUUGCCUGGGGGCAAUGCAGAGCAGACGGGGAAGUUAAUAGAAGGAAUGCAGGUGCUGGAAUGGAAUGGCAUCCCCUUGACUGGGAAGACUUAUGAAGAAGUCCAGAGCAUUAUUAUUCAACAGAGUGGGGAAGCAGAAAUAUGUGUAAGACUGGACCUGAACAUGCUCUCGGAUUCUGAGAACCCCCAGCACCUGGAGCUGCAUGAGCCAGUAAGGGCAGUAGAUAAAGCGAAGUCCCCGGGGGUUGAUCCCAAGCAGCUGGCUGCAGAGCUCCAAAAGGUUUCUCUACAGCAGUCGCCUCUGGUUGCUUCCUCGGGAGUGGAAAAGGGUUCUCAUGUCCACUCUGGAACCACUUCUGCCACCUCCAGUGCUGUUCCUAGCCCUGGUCAGCCUGGCUCUCCCUCAGUGAGCAAAAAGCGCCACAGCAGCAAGCCCACAGAAACUACAAAGUCUGCUUCCCACCCGAUCACUGGAGAAAUUCAGCUUCAAAUCAACUAUGACAAGCACCUUGGCAACCUUAUCAUCCACAUCCUUCAGGCGAGAAACCUUGCUCCAAGAGACAACAAUGGCUAUUCGGACCCCUUUGUUAAAGUUUAUCUUCUUCCAGGGAGAGGACAAGUCAUGGUUGUCCAAAAUGCAAGUGCUGAGUACAAGCGGAGAACUAAGUACGUUCAGAAAAGCCUGAAUCCUGAGUGGAAUCAGACGGUCAUUUAUAAAAAUAUCUCCACCGAGCAGCUGAAAAAGAAAACACUGGAAGUGACUGUCUGGGAUUAUGAUAGAUUCUCCUCAAAUGACUUCCUCGGUGAAGUGUUAAUCGAGUUAUCCAGUGUUUCUCAGCUUGACAACACUCCCCGGUGGUAUCCUCUUAAAGAACAGAGUGAAAACAUUGAUCAUGGGAAAUCUCAUUCUGGACAGAGUAGCCAGCAAUCUCCAAAACCAUCUGUCAUCAAGAGCAGAAGUCAUGGAAUCUUCCCGGACCCCUCCAAGGACAUGCAGGUGCCCACCAUUGAGAAAUCCCACAGCAGCCCAGGGAGCUCCAAAUCUUCCUCUGAAGGACAUCUCCGCUCUCACGGUCCAUCUCGCAGCCAAAGCAAAACCAGCGUCACUCAAACUCACCUUGAAGACGCUGGGGCAGCCAUCGCCGCUGCCGAAGCAGCUGUCCAGCAGCUCCGCCUUCAACCAACAGCACAUAAAAGCGGUCAGUCUAAUCAUGCCAGGAAGCAGCACAGACACAGCAUAGCAGGAGUCCUCCCUAUUCAAAGAACUCAGUCUGACAAUCUGCCUCCACCAGCCAAUGACAACAAAGACCAAAGCCAACUAGCCCUCAGGAAAGUGAUGUCUGAUGGACCACUCAAGCCUGAAGGAGCAAGGUCUACUAAUCAUCGACCUGCAGAAAGUUCUGUCUCCACUGGCUCAUCAGCCAGCAGUUUUGGCAGUGGAUACAGCAUGGAUAGCGAAGGCAGCAGCAGUGCCACAGGAGAGAAUAAUCUAUUUCCCAUCCCGAGAAUAGGGAAGAUGAGCCAGAACGGACAAGAACCAGUAAAGCAGUCGGGAGUAGGAUUAUCCGAUUCAGAAGGUAAAACACAGGUUAUGGGUGAAAUCAAGAUUGCAUUAAAGAAGGAAAUGAAGACAGACGGAGAACAGCUGAUAGUAGAAAUCCUUCAGUGCAGAAAUAUCACAUACAAAUUUAAAUCUCCAGAUCAUCUACCAGACCUGUAUGUGAAGCUGUACGUUGUCAAUAUCUCUACCCAAAAGAGAGUAAUUAAGAAGAAAACCAGGGUAUGCAGGCAUGACCGAGAGCCUUCGUUCAACGAAACAUUUAGAUUUAGCUUGAGUCCUGCUGGGCAUUCUCUUCAGAUUCUGCUUGUCUCCAAUGGAGGGAAGUUUAUGAAAAAGACACUGAUUGGGGAAGCUUAUAUCUGGCUUGACAAAGUGGAUCUAAGGAAAAGAAUAGUAAACUGGCACAAACUGUUGGUCAGCUCCACACAAACACACUGAGCAGAGCUGUCUGCUUAGGGCACAAAACCUGCAGAGUCUGCUCUAAACAGCAUCACUCCAAGACUAUAGUUUGAUAUCACUGUAUUUAGCUAGUCUUUCAGAAUACAAAGUAGAAAAGAGCAGUCUCUGGGCUACACAGCACACUUAAAUGAGGGCUAGUACGCUUGUUUUUGCUGCAAAAGACAGCAAAAGGAAAAGAAAACCUGGGCCCAGAAGUUAAAGUGAGGCUGUUUGAAAUGAAGACUGAUACGAGGGCUCCGUGUUGUUGGACUCUUUGUGAAGAGAGUAACUGUGAAGGAAAUGCUGAAGGCUGGAGGCAGGUGUUAACGUGGAGUUCGGCUGCAGCUGGAGGCAGUGUGAUGGAAAGUGCAGUCUGGUUUUCUGUACAACCAGGAGGAGAUCAUUUUAUGCAAAAGCACCUAGGGUGACUGACUUUCCAAAUCUCACUUAUCAAAAGUGCAAAACUUGCUCCUCUGCACCUUAGGAUUUCUGAUAAUUUGCUAUAGUGAGAUUAUGCCACUUGAGACAAACUGCAAGGCGUUUGCAAGAGUGGUAAUGUUUUUUUACAUUACUUUUUUUCUUCUUUUUCUUUCAGAAACUAUGCUGUGAAGAAUCAGAUCUGAUUGUUUUAUUUGUUUCUGUGUCUUAACAAUGGAUAUAAACCACUCUCUAGAAUGUUAUGAAUUAAACUAUAUUAACGGUCUACAAUUUGGGAUGUGAUUUUAAAGAGAAGGAACAGGAUAUACCACACUACAUCAGAAAGAAAAAAUGCUGUUUUAAUGUCAGUGACACUGUAAUUCACCCCAACCUUUGCAUCAGGAGGUCUAAAACAGUUUGAAUUGAAGAAACUUAAGCACUGGGACUAACAAAAUUAUUUCAACUAGUCCAUUUUUCAGCAACCAGGCUUUUUCUGAAAUUGUAUGCAGAUGAUGAAUUCUAGGAUAUUUAGUGGGCACUUUGGAGCAGUAGACCCACUGUGACAACACCAACCCACUCAAUGCAGGGCUCUGUAUCAACACUAGUGACACUCUAGAAAGAGGAAGGGACAGCAGGGCAGUUCCUGACUGGAUGCUGUUACAUUAGAGAAGAUGAAGAAUAUCUGCUUGUUAUCUCAGGUGAAUGUCUGAGUAUAAUCCACUCAAAAGCAUGGCUUCUCAGGAAAGAAGCAAAUAGGAAGGUAACUUGCAAGAUUUAAGGCUGUGUCAGCACGUUGCUGCUUAAAGUCCCACUUUCAGGAAUUUGAAGCUGAGUGGUUAGCUCCCUUGGGAAGAAACUACUGGCUAGCAUGGCUUAGCCUGAUUGUUGUGUUUUCCCUUGUACAAUAUUUGAAGAGGGGAGAGCUUUUUCUCUCAUUUCCAAACGUAUUGCAGUUUCAUUAAAACCCAAGAAUCAAUAUGGUACCGUCGUGGUUAAUUCCCAUGUUACUUAGAAGUCAUUUAAUAUUUCACAGCUUCAUUAAAAAGUUUCCCUGGAAAUACGAUCACAUGACCUUUGCAUACUUAGAAAGAAAAUUACCAAAUUUCUGCAUGUCUGACAUUUAUUUUUCUUUCCCAAUAAGGACCUUUAGCAAAUCAUUUAAUGUGCAUUAUCUUAUAUUUCUUGAAUAUAUGUAGUACACUUCCACAGGUUAUGCAAGAUCAGCUGAAAAUAUUCUUCUGGAAAAUAUUAUAUGCUUUAAAAAAAAAUAAAAAAAAGAAAAAAUAAGGCUUAGAUUAUUCAGCAACUGGAUUGACCAUGGAAAAGCUACACCAUUUAAUUUGGUGACACUUCCCCCAUAUAGUUUUUAGUUUAUCUUUUAUCAAUUUAAAAUAACAGCAUGGCACAGGAAUAUGAGAAGAAACACGCAGAAGAUAUUAAUGCUACACACACCAAGGAAACUCCUGUUAUUGAUAACCUGCUGGUCACUUGCUUAACUUGCAAGCAGAGCAAUCUUUCCAAAAUCUUAUUAGCUAUCUCAAAAACACAACAUCACUGACAGUGGAAGUAGAAUGUGUGCUUUAAUGUUGAAUUUUAUGCUUUCACCAGUGUAUGUAUACCCUACCUCUCACAUAUUUUAAAAACAGUCUGCUGGAGUUAUUGUAAAAAUUCUAUAUGUUUUGAUGUUGUGUAUGUUUUUAUAAGACAAUACUUCAAAGAAAAAAUCCCCAGUUGAACUAAAAGAUCCUAUAUAUGACAUAUGUGUUGCUCUUUUGGUGGAUUACCUUGCAUUCCUGAUGGCUAUACUGUGUUUUUCCUUUGAAAAAAGACCAACACCACUCCCCCCAAAAAAAAAUCCUAGGUGAAAUGCAAGCCCUGAGGUGUGCAAUUUUGUGCAAACUGCUGGUAAUUUUGUUCUUGCUAAGAUUUGUUAUAAAGGCAGCAAGUAGCACUGGUAGUUGCUAUGGAGAUUUCCAACUGGAACAAGCAGUAUCUGGCUGCCUUAGUGGAAGCCUGUAAUCAUCACUCUUAAUUGAGAAAGUGGACAGGGGUGUUUUGCUCUCACACACAUACAAAUGUGGCCAAUAUUUUUAUUGAAUAGUUUUGUUGGGUGGUAUAGCUGCAGCUGUAAGGAACAGCUACCUCUGAGGUUGAUCAGCUGUCUGCAACUGGUUUAAUUCAAGCAUCUUUGAUUCUCUGAACAAUACACAAAAAUGUUUCUGCAUGUUGAAAUAGCAGUUUUGGACUCCUGUCAUGAAACACAAAGAGUAGGGUUUGUGAGGAACGUGGCACUGCCUUGGCCAGCUGCAGCAAGGACGGGGCUCCCUCGGUGUCACCCAGGGUGGGCUUGUGUCAGACCUGGGCCCACGCACUCGCUCUUUCCGAGGCAGCGUCAUUCAGAGGUCACAAAAUGCUACCAAAGUGUGCCAAGUUCCUUUUUUUGACCAAAUUUCUAGGUUGUACUGAAAUCACUCUAUGCAACACAGAUUCAUGUUUGAAUGCAUAGUUGACUUUUUUGUUGUUUGUUUGUUUUAUGAAUGAAGUCAGGAAAAACUCUUGUGACAAUGUUUUUUAAAAAAUAAUCAAACAAGGAUUAUUAGUAUUUUUUUACCUUUUUUGUAUAUAUCUCAGUAUAAUUUUUUUGGUUUUUUUCUCAUUAAUUUUUGUUUGUUUUAUCUGGCCAAAAGUGCUUAGAUGUGGCAACAGCUUUUAUCAUUUCUGAGUGAUUGAUUAUUAAUGAUUUCACACAUUUCUAUGAUUGCUUUGAAGAUUUCUAUGAUUGCUUUGAAGAUACAUAUUGCAGGGAGGCAACAGCAGAGGCAUUUUAACUUUUUUAAUUCAUAAAUCUGCUGAGACAACAGAAAUUGAAGCUGCUUCUUUGUUCAAGGCCUUGCAUAGUGGGAACAAGCUGAAAAAUGAGCAAAAGCACAGUGUGUGUGUGUUUACAAGUCAUAGGGAUUUAUAAUGUUAUCAUAAUUAGUAAUAUGCAUACAAUGAGCAGCAAACAGCCACUUUUUUUUUCCAGGUUAAAACUAGACAUGAGAGUUUCUAUGAUGAAUGUUGAGCUAGUUCUUUAUCAUUACACUUUAAAGGGAUAGUAUCCAGAGGCAAUGAGUGCUGCUUCUUUAUUAUUACCCAUGUUUUAACAUUACAUGGAUCCUGUGUGGAAGAAACAAAAACCAGUUGAAGUCAAUAACAAUCAAUCUAUUGACUUGAACUGGUUUUAAAUUGAAACCUAGGAAAUAUUUGAGUUAUUUUUCUGGAUGCUGGGUGUUUGCAUGGUUAGGUUGUGGGAUAUGGUAGCUGGUAACCAGCUGAUAUUGAUUCUUACUUUGAGGAUGAUGAUGAAGAAAAAGAAGACAUCUAUUAUAUUGUAAGCUAGCAUUUGCCCAAUAGAGAUUAUUUAAUUAGGAUUUAGUUUCAUGGAGAUAUCAUAAAGAUGUUAAUAGUAUUUUUUUAAAUUAUUAUUUGAAUCAUAACUGACACUAUUUUUAACUAGUUUAUUUUCAUUGCUACAAUGUUGAAUGUCCCAGAUUCAUUAUUUGAGUAUAUAUCUAGAUAUGUACAUACCUAUGUGAAUAGCAGAGAAAAUUUGUGUGAGUGUAACUUAUAAAGGUAAUGAAACAGAGAGGAAUUUUAGCAUAAGUAUCCACCUACAUUAUAUUUAAACUUUAUUCCUAUAUGCCUUGUGAAUUUUCAGUACACCUGGCAUGUAGGAUGAAUUGCUCUUUAUGAAUACAUGUUGCCUUUAGAAGGAAAAUAGAAAGAAUAAGUGAGACCGGAUACUCUCUCUUUAAAUCACAAGAAGCAUUUUAAUGUUUUCUAUAUGUUCUGUUUUAUUAUUUUGAAAAAAUUAAUAAGCAGAUAUAUUGAGCUCAAAAGUUAUAAUAUAUAUAGGUAUCCAUAACUCAAAAUAGAUUAUUUGAGCAAGAGCUGUUUUCUUAAUUUGUUACCCUGUAAAUACUUAUGCAUUUUUUGUAAACCAGACUGAGUUUAAGUUAUUAACUCCAUCUGACAUCCAAGCAUGUAAGUGUGUCCUUAUUUGAUUGUAUCUUAUAGAUGUUCAGUGACGUGCUCAGGUGCUCAAUGAUGGCUGACUAGCGUGUGUGCUGUCAUGCUACAGACAACAUGUACAGCACGCACAGUGUUUAAAAAAAUCCAAAAAACACCAAAAAAACCUGCAAAAAACAACAAAAAAAAAAGAUUAGUCCUUGAAGAAAUGUAAUGUUUCCUCAGUGAAUGUUGCAUGCAUAGAUGGUGGUUUGUUGAUAUUCAUUUUGGUUUGAAUUUCUUUUAAUUUUUAUUUUGCUUUCAGAAUCAUCAGGAAAAAAAAAUACAGACUUGUUCUAAAAGCUGUAAAAACUGAAACAAAAGCAGUAUGAGAAUUGUAUAAAAAUGCUUGUAAAUCUGUCCCAGUUUUCACUUUAUGUAUAAAUCCAUGCCAUGGUUUUGUGAUUGUAUACAGGAUGUAUCUUGAGAACUUAUGCAAAUUGUGCUCUAUAAAGGCUGUUAUCCCAGUCUGACAAAUAAAUAUUUAAAAUAU